AUGCCGAGUGAUGAGUCUACCCUGGUCACUGCACUUCGUUCAUCAUAUUACCAAGAUAGAGCAUCCUUACACAAUCACUACACUCGUUCCAAGAAGACCGGAUUUUUAAUAAUGAUCUCUGGUUCUACACCCAACGCUAGAACCUUCACCGAUUCUACGUGCGCGGCCACAGAAUGUAUUCUCGGCCGCUGUAGAGCUUAA